UAUCACAAUGACAUCAUGGUCUGACUCUGCAGCAUUGCAUCGUAGAUAGGGCAUGUAAACGGGUGAAAAGAAAAAGGACAUGGAUACAAAUAUAUUUCAUUUCUCAAUAAAAAAGACUAUCAUAAGAAUAAGGAAGCGCUGGUGAUAUACGCAAGUAACGCAACCGAAGACAGGACCCUCUUAUUCCAGUGCAUAUUAAGGUAUUCCACGGAUAAUCCAUAGUUCCGCCGUGUUCGCCAUGGCUAACUCAUGUGGGACAGUGGAGAUGGCGUCAUUGGAAUGUGCUGCCUCGAAUCUGGCAUGUGAAGCAUCACCGGAGCCUGACAGUGGGGCGCUGAGGAUGGUACUGGUGGGGAAGACAGGCGCAGGGAGAAGCUCUUCUGGUAACACCAUCCUAGGGAGGCAGGCAUUCCGGGUGGACAUCUCUUCAUGUUCUGUAACUGGUCAGUGUGACAGACAGAGUGGAACUGUGGCUGGGAGGAACCUCACUGUGGUCGACACCCCAGGGUUCUUCGACACGCGCCUCUCCCCUCAGGAGGUGACAGCUGAGGCAGGACGCUGUGUGGUGCUGUCCGCCCCUGGCCCCCACUCCUUCCUGGUGACCCUUCAGCCUGGCAGGUUCACUCAGGAGGAGCGGGAUGCCCUGGAGUGGGUCAAGGCCACUUUUGGACCAGGAGCCCUCAGAUACACAGUAGUACUGUUCACCUGGGGUGACCAGCUUCAGGGAAAAAGCAUGGAAGACUUCCUGAAGGAGAGCCAGGAGCUCCAGGAGUUUGUGAGUAGAUGUCAGGGGGGCUACCAUGUCUUCAACAACAGCAAGAAGGUAACAGACUGCACUCAGGUCACAGAGCUCCUGGAGAAGAUAGACAAGAUGGUGGCGCACAACGGAGGUGGCUGUUACACCAACCUGAUGUACCAUGAGGCAGAGAGAGCCAUCAGAGAAGUGCAGGAAGGAAUUCUGGGAGAGAAAAGGAUGACUCCAUUGAAGCAGGAGGAGGAUGGGGUGAAGACAGGGCCAGAGCCUCAGGGACCGGAGGCAGAGAGAAUGAGAAGGAGGGAAGAGGAGGAGAGGAGAAGAGAGGAAGAGGCAGCCAGAAAGAAGGCAGAGAAGUUGUUCUGGUGUGAGCUGGUGUCUGCCCUGGGGAAGGGGGCGGCAGAGGGAGCUGGAGUAACAAGCAAAGGGAAAGGGAAAGCAGUGAAAAAGGUUAAGGUGAUAGAGAGGGCAGCAGCUUUGGCUACCACACCGCUGUCAAUCACAUCAGCUGCCAAAGUGGUGGGAGGAGCUGUGAGAGAGGGAAGUAAAGUGCUUUACAAACACCGCAAAACUCUCCUACACUGACGGGGACUUUUAAUAUCCACUAUUAUUCACUGUAUGGUGCUGGGUUAUCAGGUAGAAGAUGAGGGUCUUAAAUAACCCGUAUAUUUUUUUCUGUCUCUGAAGUGCAAAUUAGUUUCACACACUUAUUUAUCACUCAACUGUGUUCCCUGAAAAAUCCUCACAAUGACUUCAUAAGGCAGGCUUGCUAAAGAGCCCCGAUGCACUUUCUUCCAUUGACAGUCAUAGUUAAUGAAGCUAUUAAUGCACUAACACACGGAGGUAAAUGAUCAGAAUGUGAAUAAGAGUUGACAGUUGAGGAAGUGAUUCUAUUUGACCAGGUUGUCAUAGUGCCACGGGAGUAAACAGGCAUUCAUUAUUGAAUACUCAAUAGAAAAGUAAGUGUGCUGUGAAUUUUUGAAUGGUGUGAAUCAAUUGUGUGUGUGGUUUUGAGUGGUGUGAAUCACUUGUGUGUGUGUGGUUUUGAGUGGUGUGAAUCACUUGUGUGUGUGUGGUUUUGAGUGGUGUGAAUCACUUGUGUGUGUGUGUGUGGUUUUGAGUGGUGUGAAUCACUUGUGUGUGGUUUUGAGUGGUGUGAAUCACUUGUGUGUGUGUGGUUUUGAGUGGUGUGAAUCACUUGUGUGUGUGGUUUUGAAUGGUGUGGAUCGCUAGUGUGAGUAUGCAGGAGUAAACAUCCUGGUGUGAUGAAACAAUUUAAAGUAAUCAACACGAAGAUCCUGAUGAACCAGUAAAUAUACAUUUUACUGACCUGAUUUACAAAUGAUGAAGGUUCUUUGUAUUAAAAUGUUGAUCAUUACAACAUGGGCACCACAGUUGUAAAAGUUUGGCACACAUAUACACAUUUAGUAGUACCAAGACACUUAGUGUAAGUACCUUUCCAUUUUGUUGAAGCAUUAAUCUGCCUUUGCCAUUGUAAUCCUGGUCUAAAAAUGUAGUCAAUAAAUGUUGAGAUAUGAAUGAACUCUA